ACGACGACGACAAUGACGUAGAGUGUGGGGAAGGGGGUGGUGGUCACGCGUCGCCAUCGUUGCAGAGCGACAUGGCUGGUAAGGGUGGGAAGUCCAAGCCUUCCGGCCGCAAUGCUCGUCCGCGGGCGAAGAAAGGGCAGGGAAAGGGGAGCGGUGGCGAAGGCGACGGUGAUGCGGAGGAGAAGCGCAACUUCUGGUCCGUGGAACACAUUAUAGCCCUCAUAAGGGCUAAAUGUGACCAAGAUGCGCAUAUGCAGGGGAUGGGCCACGCAUACGCACGGAUGAAACCGUGGGAAUGGAAAUGGCAAGACGUCGCCCAAAGGUUGAAGAACGUCGGCGUGGACAGGAAUGCGGAGAAAUGCGGGAAGAAGUGGGACAAUCUAAUGCAGCAGUUCAAGAAAGUCCAUCACUUUCAAUCACCGUCAGGGGGUGCCGACUUUUUCCAGUUGACGUCGAAGGAGAGGAUGAGCAGGGGCUUCAAUUUCACGAUGGAUCGCGUAGUUUAUAACGAGAUAGAGGGGUCGACUGGGAUGAACCACACCAUCCACCCGAAGAACGUGGCAGACACCGGUGCGUCUGGCGGCAUGCGCACGCCUUCGACGUCUUACGUGGAUCCUGAAUCGGUGGCGGACGGGGAAGGAGGUGCAGGGCGAGAAGACGAGGAGGAGGGGUCGACGCGAGGCUCUUCGCAGACGAYGGGCACCCCCGRCGGUKCUGGGAAAAGGAAGAGCAYGAGGCAGCAGACUUUCGAGGCGCUGACGGAAUGCAUGGAGAAACACGGGGAGCUAAUGGCGUCGACGAUGGAGAGUGCAAGCAAGCGGCAAUGCUCUAUCYAGGUCCGGCAGUGCGAGGCGKYGGAAGCGGAGGUGGAAGUGCAAAGGAAGCACUAUGCCGCGUCAGACGAAGUCARCAAACUCAUGUGCCACGCAUUGUUGGAAAUAGCGAAGGCCAUUCUGUUUGUCGACGUGGCACGCGACGUGGCGCGAGACGUGGCAAGGAGGGACGUCGGUGGCCGCGCGAAGGAAGGGGCCGCCUCGCAUGAGACUCCGCAAUGUGUGCUUGCGCCUUUGAAUCGCCCCCGAACCCCAGCUGCAGACGUGGCGGGGAGUUCCCAAGCAGCGGUUGAAGGUGGGACGUUGCAAUCUCCCGCGGUGGCGGCGCGCGGUGGCGCUGUGGCGGUCCCGGGAGAGGCGGUUGAAGUCCCGAAGGGAGGAGAUGGCGUGGCGGCCGGGGAAGACGACGAGGCUCUAGUGCACAGGCUGCGCGGACAACGAGCGGCGACACAUGCGAUGGAUGCCGCCGCCAAACUUUGGGAGGAUGACAACAGAUUCUGGAACGACACGCAGGGGAGCGCCAUAGUCAGGAUAAUCCAAGAAGUGCGCACGUAUCUCGUGGCCGUGACGCGGGGAGGGCAGCCUCCGGCUAUUCGACGGAGCAUCUCCCUUCCACACAACUCCAUCCCCCAACACAAAAUCGAGGACGAGUCGGAGCUGAACGCGGCGAAAGAGAGGGCGUUGAAAGUGCAGACAAUCUCCCUCAGGGCGAUCCACGGUUGGGUCUUCAAGUCGGAGAGCAGGCAAAGGGGGUAUCACUUGGCAUACCAAUACGCAUUGAAGCACGCUGCCACGGACAUCGCCAGAGCAAUGUGGUCAGCAGAGGACUGGCGCAGUUUGGUGAGCCCAAUGUUGUUCCGUGCCACAUUGGACGUAGACAUGAAGUUGCCUUUGUGGUUCGUGGGAGUGAACAUAGUGGACAGGCACGAGGACGAUGAGUGCGCGGCUUACCAGGAAGCUUGUGUCCAGCGUCUGGUGCAGGAUUUUACAAGCGCAGUUGGCACGACAGAAGCUAUGGACGGCGGUCGAGUGUCGUACGAGCGUCUGAAGGGGAUGGCAGAGGCGAUAAGGUAUUUGCUCGCCGCCACGAUGUGGAUUAUGCGAAUGGCGGGGGACGAUCCGAGAUCGCAUUACGACGCUUGGGUUUUCGUUCAACUGACGGCAAAGACGACGCUGCUGGCGUCCAUGAACCGACAGUUCGACGCCCGCCGACACAUCACGCAAUCCGCGCAGGUCAUGACGGACAAGUUGGGGAGACUGCCUCUGACCUUCGCCCCCCCACCUGCGUACAUCCCCGAUUGGGCGUCUAAGUGCGGGGUCACUUUCUCGCACGACGCCACGUUGGCCUCCCCGAUGGAGGCGAAACGGCUGGAUUGGCUGGGGACAGGUCCCCCCGAGGACGACGACGACGACGCCAAAGGCGAUGACAAAGGCGAGGGGGGGUGACACGUAGACGACGGUGAUGGCGAAGGCGAGGAGGGGAUGAUGCGCAGGCCCUGUNACGACGACGCCAAAGGCGAU